GUGGUGUACAAAUAUAUGCGGCUAUCGGUAAUGGGGUACUGAGUGUCCGCCGACGAAUGCCUAGAGGUACCUGUGUCUGUCCAUUAGGUACUAGCUAGCCCCUGCUCACUUUUUGUUUACUUGGGUCGUCUCGAUACCAAUCCUGAUUGGCGACUGACGCAUCCCACCACCAGCACCAUCAGCACCACCAUCAUCACCAUCAUCGCAAUCUAGGAUACCUGCCUCCCUCUUCUAUCGUCGCGUGACUGGCGAACAUAAACUACCUAAUACCGAACAAUACAUCUGAUCUUUAGCACCGCAUCGUCAUAGCAUCGGGCUUACAUAAUAUCACCCGCAAGUCAAAUCUCGGGGCACCUUUUCAACGGCGCGGCGCGUGUGGUGAGAACUGGCCAUCACGAUCAAUGUCAAGGACGAGAGCUACUGCUCUGCUCGGGCUCGUGGAUUCGGACGAAGAGGCGUCGGAUAUCUUGACCAGCGCUGCGCUAUCCACGGCGAAAAUGGCCCCAGCGAAGAAAACCAGGGGGACGAUUGCAAAUCAAGUUAAAGCGACACCGCAAGCCACGACGCGUCAGACCAGUGGAAGAGCCGCCGCCGCCACCGCCGCCGCAUCGACAGCGAAGGCUUCUGUACGCAAGGCUCUGGCGGAAAAACCAGUGAAUGUCCAGGAGAAACUUACACGGGGCAAGGGAAACAAGCGGCCUGCUCCCGAAGAUGUCGUAUCGGUAGAUGAGGAGGAACCGGUAGGCGGCGACGAUAAACCUAAGAGAGGGAGAGGACGUCCAAGGGUAGCCAAAGCCCCGAGAAUCUCGGACAUCGAAGACGUAUCUGCCAUAGAUCAGCUACAGCCUACAACCCGGCCACCCGCGAAGAGAGGGCGUAAACCGAAGUCCAACAUCGAGACCCCGGAUAUCGAGCGCGAAAUUCCCGAAACGCAGUUUAUCGAAACCACGAAAGUUAGCGUCGACGAGUUUGAGGAAAUAGAAGAUUUGCCGCCCCGGGCUCGCCGUGGCUUUUCUUCCGCCCAAGGUACUCGAACCCAUCACGUCUUCAGCGCAAGCCGUAGGGCUGCUCCUGCGUCAGAUUCCGAGCUUCAUGAUCCGUCUAUGAGGAGGAGGCUGGGUGACUUGAACCGGAAGUAUGAAAUAUUGGAAGCAAAAUAUCGCGAUUUACGGGAGAUCGGCGUUAAGGAGGCCGAGCGCAAUUACGAUCGACUCAAGAAGCAAGGAGAGGAGAGGGCUAACACCGCCAAUCAACUCAUUGCGACAUUAAAGGCGCAACUCUCUGCCCAGACAGAGCUGGCAAAGGAAUCGCAACGCUUAAGACAACAGCUGGAGGCUAGCCAGGGCAAGAUAGAGCAACUGCUGAAUAAAGUCAACAGCACCGACGCCUCUCUGUCGGAGGCGAAGACGGAGAUCAAGACGCUCUCCACGAAACUCGCCGCAGCCCGGUCGGCGGAGACGGCGAGCACAAAAAUCCCAGGCAGCGCCAUCAAGGGAAGCAGCGCGAACAACCGGCUCCUCGCUAACGCCGAGGCAGCGGCGCAGUUGGCGCAGCUGAAAGAGGUCCUCUACGGGGACCUGACGGGCCUGAUUGUCCGCGGCGUCAAGCGGGAAGAGGGCAUAGAGACGUACGACUGCAUCCAGACGGGUAGAAACGGAACUCUCCACUUCAAGCUGGCCGUAGGCGGCGAAGAGCUCACGGAGAAUUUCGACGAGCCUCAGUUUAUGUACCUGCCGCAGCUGGAUCCGAGCCGCGACGAAGAGCUGAUAGACAUGCUCCCCGACUAUCUCGUGGAGGAGAUUGUGUUCCCGCAGUCGCACGCGGCGAGGUUCUACGCCAGAGUUAUGAAGGCUCUCACCGAACGUCUCGACUGAGCGUGAGAUUAGGGGUCGAGGUCGGGGUCGGUUGGGCGUUGGUGUUUGCGUUCGAUACCAGGUUCGAAAUGAAUGAAUUGCCUAUCCGUGUACUAUUGCUCUACAGGCCGGUUCCCUUAGGUGAGGUUAUGUACCUUAGACAGGGACGUUGUUCUCCAGCACCUACUUAUGAUUUCUGGUACGAGGCGGGACCCCUUGCACCCAGCACUGCGAGGGACUUUCUCCUCUCUCUAAUGGCGAGAAUAGCCCGUUCGUCAAGGUGGCGCGCCGGAGCCUUUGGUGAUAUCGCGGUGAGGGGUAGCGUGCCUCCUAUGCGACCAGCUUAGCGAAUGUACCUACCUACCCCCUGGAUUGAUAGAAUACCAGGUAGGUACCUGAUAUAGAGGUAUUAGGUCACAGGUAGGCACCUUGUAGUCGGAAAGUGACGGGCAGCAAGCCAAUGGGGCGUGGGUCCCGCCAACACGGUGUUCUCGGGGAAAGGGGGCCGAUAUAACACGGGCAGUACUUGGGUCGCACCGCGCGACCGCGUUACCGUCGUGGUACCUCGAUUGUACAUCGCAAAAUGCUUAGCUGCCAAUGACCCGCAGCUGGCUGGGUGCGAUCCCCUGCAAGGUGCCAGCCAAGACGAGACGAGACGGGUUGGACC